UUUCAAUAACUCCGGUGGAAUAUAUUCAAAUUCUUUUUUGAACGAUUUACCACAGUUAAUAAAACGUUUCCUCUCUUUCUCGUUUCGCCUUAUACAUUAACAUUGUGUAAUAGUGGUCAGUGCUGAUUAUUUCUGCAAUCAAGGCAUUAUAAAAGAAGUGGUAUUUAUACAAAUUGACCAGUAUUCUUCCGACUUGUUUUGGAAGAGACCAUGAAAGUCAUUUUGAUACUUUUCUCUUCAUUCUCUUUUGCAAUAACAAGUGAUUUUCAUGUUGGAAAGUUUGACCGCUGCUUACCAGACGAUGGAAAAUGUUUGGAUCAAGCAAUAGAAAAAGCUAUUAAAUAUUCAUGCAAAAAAGGUAUACAAGAACUGAAAAUUCCAAAACUAGAUCCAAUUGAGAUACCUCAAAUAAAUAUUGGAACUAAAGCGAAUGUGCUAGAUGUUGCUCAAGAAUAUUCCGACGUGAAGCUUGUCGGUUAUUCAAAGGUAGCAAUAAUAAAUUCACGAUUCAAUACGAAAGAGAAUCAUCUGGUAUUCACAGCUGUUUUACCAGAACUCAAACAAAUUGCCAAUUACAACAUCAAAGGAAGACUUCUGGUUUUUCCCAUUUUUGGCAAUGGGAAAUGUAGGAUAACGCAAUCAAACGUGACAGUGAUACAUACCUUACAAUUCGAAAAUCUAGAUGAUGGACACUUAAUCCUCAAGAGCUAUGACGUCUCGGUGAAACCCAAAAACAUGAAGUUUGAAUUCGAAAAUCUGUUCAACGGAAAUAAGUUACUCUCCGAUAGAAUCCAUGGAGUGGUGAACGAUAAUUGGGAAGCUAUCUGGGCAGAUUCAAAGAAAGAUUUUGACGAAGCUUAUGGAAGAAUUUUUUAUGGUUUUGCCAGCGAAUUCUUUCAGAAAAUUCCUGCGGCUGAUGUAUUUCUGAAAUUUCCUUCGUAGUGAGAGAGAAAAUGUACAAUUUGAAAUAAUUGUAAAUUACAGGACUGGAUUCAAGAAAAUUAACCGGUAACCGGAGACGAUUGACGAUGAACCUUGAUGUAAAUUUCAUUAUAACAGUUUUCUAAUGGUUAUUUGUAUAAAAAAUACUCGACAAUGAAUGAAAAUAAAUGGUUCAACUCCUGAA